AUGGGGGGAGGCGUGCGGGAGGCUGCGGACGAAGGCGGUGGGGUGGCGGUUGCGCGGAGCGGCGACGGUUCGCGGGCGGGGAGUGCUGACGUAUUCACAGAGAGCAGCGGGUUUAAAGACAGGAGGGACGCGCGAGGCGCAGCGGAGCACGGGGGUUUUGGGGUCGUCGGGUCAGCGCUGUGUGUGGGGAGGGGGGAUGGGAUGACGGAUGAAGGGCAGGAGGAGGAGCAUAAGAUUGAGGGAGAGAAUAAGGAGGAUCAAGGGGCUGUAUGCGACGGGUGGGAAGAACAAGCGGUGGGAAGGGAGGAUUGGGGAGGGGCGCUUGUGGGGGGUUGUGACGGAAGCAGGUUGGCAGAAGGUAGUGCGGCGGGCGAGGGGGAGCGCGGGAGUGAGUACCCUGGGGGGGGAGGUGUCUCAAGAGAGAGUCAUGGGAUGGAGACGGCAGUAGGAGGGGCGCGCGGAGGGCAAGGGGACGGGCGGGAUGACGGACGGGAUGCAGAGAGGGGAGGCGGGGGUAACGUCGAAGAGGCGAAAGAGGCUGCGGCUGGCUCUCUUCCUGAUGCCCGGCCAGUUUCUGCCACUGCUGCUACUGCUGCUGCUUCUGCUGCCGCUGCUGCUUCUGCUGCCGCUGCUGCUUCUGCUGCCGCCUCUGCUUCUGCUGGUCGUGCUGCUGCUGAUGGUGAUGGUGUCGUGGAAAAGGUAGCGGUAGCCCCAGCAGCAGCUGCAGCGGCGGCGGCGGCGGCGAGUGCAGAAGCGGGUGCAGUGGCGGCUGAUGUGGUAGUGGUGACGCUCACAGGCGCCGCACAGGCAGAGGACGAGAGCGAGAGGGAGAGGGAACGAGGACGGGAGAGGGACAGGGAGAGGGAAAUUGAAAGGGAAAGGGAGAGCGGGAGGGAGAGCGUGUGUGAGAGAGCGAGGGAGACGGACAUGGAGAGGGAGAGGGAGAGGGCGAGGGGUGCAGCAGGCAAGAGAGCGAGGGCGCUGUCAGCAGGCGUGUGGGGAAAGACGCCGUGGGACGCUCAGCAUGGGACGGAGGGCGAUGGGCGAGAGGGCAAGCGGCGGAGAGACACAGGGGCCGCGGGAGAGGGUGCGCGGAGUGGGGUUGCGGGGGAGCGGGAGGGGCGGGCGGGACUGGUGGCGGGUGGGGCAGGUGCGGUGGGGAGAGAAGGGAGGGAGCUGGUUGGCUGGAAGGCGAAGGGGGGAGGGGAGGGGAGAGGGGAGGAGGAGAGGGGGGAAGGGGAGGGACAGCAGGCGGAUAACUCAAGGGCUGUGGGCCGUGGAGGAGUGGGGGAGAGAGAUGGAGGGAUGGAGAGAGAUGGAGGGAUGGAGAGAGAUGGAGGGAUGGAGAGAGAUGGAGGGGAGAAGUGGGGGGAAGGAGCUGAAGCAGACGGGACAAUGGCAGAGGCAGAGGAAGGAGGGGAAAGGGAAGGGCGCGGCGAGGGAGGAGAGAACGAGGAGGGGCGUGAGAGCGAGAGACAAGGUGCAGAAUGCGACAAGGAAGGCGCUGCUGCUGCCGCUACUGCUGGUGCUCAGACGCUUGAGUGUGCCACUGCUAGCUUGCCUCUGAGCGAAGCUGGAGGUGAGGAUGGUGGGGUGAUGGGCGCAGAGGCAACACCACGGCACAUAGAGGCGGCUGUUGAGGCGGCUCAGAACUCGAUGCCUGCGGGUGAAGGUCCAAGGGAGGAUGGCGGGGUGACGGGUGCAGAGGCAACACCACGAGACGCUGGGGCGGAGGAGGGUGUUGCUGGUGCAGAGGGGAUUGCAGGAGCACGGGCACCUGCAGGAGGGAUAGCAGAGGGAGCAACAGAGGGUGCAGCAAGAGGAGCGGCAGGGGCAGCAGAGGCAUGCGCUGUGAAGAAGCGUACCGAGGAGGAGAGGGAAGUGCCGGUGGUUGGGGCGAGAGUGGCAGCUGCUGCUACCUCUGCUGCUGCACCUGGCAUGACAUGGGAGAGUGGCGGGUUUGCCAUGGGGAAAGAUGGUGUGCAGUGUGAGAGGGGAGGGAGGGAGGAGGAGACUGCAGGGGAUGUCGAGAGGAGUGGUGGAGGGUGCGAGAAAGGGAGAGAAGGGGAAGAUUCUGGUACUGCUGCCGUGCAUGAUGGUGCUGAAGGUUGCAGUGAGCAACAAUCAGAGGUGCAAGCAGAGGUGCAGAGGGAACCGGCAACUGAGGAGGCUGUUCCCACGCCUGCUGAUGCAAGCCUAGCAGCGCAAGUACCAGCAGCGGCUGCUGAAGGUUCAGAAAGUGCGCGCACACUCGUGCAACUGACACCUUUUGGUGCUCCAGAGGUGCCGGGCAAGCGCAGCCGCAUAUGGCUGGGCACGUUUGACAGCGCCGAGGCCGCCGCUGAGGCCUACGACGUUGCUGCGUUCCGACUCAGGGGCUCCAAGGCCUUCCUCAACUUCCCCUCCAGGCUCGAAACGAAUCUUCAGAUGGCCCUACCCGGUCUGCCCCCCUCCGCCUCCUCCCCCAACGGGCUCUUCGCCUAUGCUCCUCCUCCUCCCCCAGCACCCCCUGCCUUCCCCACCUCUGCCUCCCCUCCCACGCAACCCUCUGCAGCUGCUACAGCUGCUGUUCCUGCAGAGGCUGGGGCUUUUCCAGACCCUGUGGCGGGGAGCUUGGCCGCAACAGCAACAGCACCAGCAGCUGCAGCAGCAGCAGCAGCAGCAGCAGCAGCAGCAGCAGCAGCAGCAGCAGCAGCAGCAGCAGCAGCAGCAGCAGCAGCAGCAGCAGCAGCAGCAGCAGCAGCAGCAGCAGCAGCAGCAGCAGCAGCAGCAGCAGCAGCAGCAGCAGCAGCAGCAGCAGCAGCAGCAGCAGCAGCAGCAGCAGCAGCAGCAGCAGCAGCAGCAGCAGCAGCAGCAGCAGCAGCAGCAGCAGCAGCAGCAGCAGCAGCAGCAGCAGCAGCAGCAGCAGCAGCAGCAGCAGCAGCAGCAGCAGCAGCAGCAGCAGCAGCAGCAGCAGCAGCAGCAGCAGCAGCAGCAGCAGCAGCAGCAGCAGCAGCAGCAGCAGCAGCAGCAGCAGCAGCAGCAGCAGCAGCAGCAGCAGCAGCAGCAGCAGCAGCAGCAGCAGCAGCAGCAGCAGCAGCAGCAGCAGCAGCAGCAGCAGCAGCAGCAGCAGCAGCAGCAGCAGCAGCAGCAGCAGCAGCAGCAGCAGCAGCAGCAGCAGCAGCAGCAGCAGCAGCAGCAGCAGCAGCAGCAGCAGCAGCAGCAGCAGCAGCAGCAGCAGCAGCAGCAGCAGCAGCAGCAGCAGCAACAACAGCAGCAACAACAGCAACAAAUGCAGCAGCAGCAGCAGACAAACUUUUUUCCUCCGUGCCCCUGUCUGGGCCCACACCUGCCCUGCCUCCUUCCUCCCUGCCGCCACCUCACUCAUCUACCGCACCAGCUGCCUUUGAAAAUUCUCAAAACUCGUCUCUCUCCUCUGCACCCUCGCUUCCUCCGCUUGCUCCUCCGUCCACCCACUCUGCCUUCCUGUCUUCCCACUGGGCCUUAGCAGCAGUGGCGGCUGCUGCUGCGCCUAAUCCGCCUGCUGCAACUGCUCCGUUUGCAACUACACCAGGCCAAGCCCUAGCACCAGUGCCCAUGCAAGUGCCAGUGCCAUCAGUAGUGCCAGUGCCAGUGCCCCUCACAGGUCCCAGGCCUAUGGACAUUCCCCCUCAGUUUGUGCACAUUCACACAGCAGCGGCCGCAGCAGCAGCAGCAGCAGCAGCAGCAGCAGCAGCAGCAGCAGCAGCGGCAGCAGCAGCAGGUGGAGCAGCAGCAGGUACAGCAGUAGAGGGUGCUGCUCCCGCGUGGCUCUCAUCUUCAACUAUACGACCAGUGGCCACAAACGCACCUCAGGGAACCUCUGGCCCCGUCUCUCCCCACCCCUACUCCUCUUCCGCCGCCUUGGUUCCCCCCUUCUCCUUUCUUCCCAACUCUCCCAACCCCGUAUGCUGUUCCACCCGCCUCUUUUCGCCCGCUUCUUGA